AUGGGUGAGAAAAAGGAAGAAACAGCGACCAAACCAGAAGGAGAGAAGAAGCCGGUCGACGCCGCGGCUGCGAAAAAGGGAGAUGGUGGUAACACCAUUAUUAUGAAGCUUGAUAUGCAUUGCGAAGGUUGCGGGAAGAAAAUCAAACGACUCUUGAAGCAUUACAAAGGCGUCGAAGAUGUGAAUAUCGAUUAUAAGGCCAACAAACUGACGGUGAUCGGAAACGUAGAUCCAGCGGCAGUUCGAGAUAAAGUGGCCGAUAGAAUCAAGAGAAAGGUCGAACUCGUCUCUACAGCACCGCCGAAGAAAGAGGCUCCUCCUUCAGGCGGUGGAGGCGGUGAAAAUAAGCCGGCGGUUGAGAAACCUGCCGAGAAGAAGGCCGCCGAUGAGAAACCCAGCGAGAAAAAGAAGGAGGAAGGAGAGAAGAAAGCUCCUCCUGCCCCACCAAAAGAGAGUACGGUAGUUCUGAAGACGAAGUUACAUUGCGAAGGUUGCGAACACAAAAUCAAAAGAAUAGUCAAGAAAAUUAAGGGGGUUAAUUCAGUCGCCAUUGAUAGCGCCAAGGAUUUGGUGAUAGUGAAGGGGAUACUUGACGUGAAACAACUCACUCCGUAUCUCAACGAGAAGCUGAAACGCACCGUUGAAGUUGUUCCGGCGAAAAAAGAGGAGGGAGCCACCGUGGCAGCAGCAGCAGCGCCAGCGCCAGCCGGCGGCGAGAAGAAGGACAAAGGUGCUGGUGAAAAGAAGGAGAGUAAAGAUGUCGGAGAAAAGAAGGACGGUGGCGGUGAAAAGAAGAAAGAAGUUGCCGCAGCGGGAGGAGGAGAUGGUGGUGCUACGGUGGAUGUGAAGAAAUCGGAGUACAACGGUUACGGUUAUCCACCGCAGCCGAUGUAUUACUACCCACCAGGACAAGUGUACGGGCAACAGUACAUGAUGCAAGGUCAGUCAUCACAAUCGUACGUACAAGAACCGUAUACGAACCAAGGUUACGUACACGAGUCGUAUACGAAUCAAGGAUACGGCCAAGGCUAUGGACAAGAAGCACCACCACCACCACAUUAUAUGAACCACCAAGGCUAUGCAGAUCCUUAUGCUCAUAUGCGUGCGCCUGAGAUGUUUAGUGAUGAGAAUCCAAAUGGUUGUUCUGUUAUGUGA